AUGCCGCGCCUGCUUGCCUCAGUUGGUCUUCUAAGCUUGCUCAGCAGCACCGCGUAUGCCGCAGCUUGCUCACGCUGCCCCAUCUCCAUUGCCUAUACCACUCCUGCAGGCUGUCCAGCUUUGAACUGCAUCUCACCGACCUGCACAGUCACAUCUUUUACCACCUAUGUCGAGUCCUACUGCAGCACGAAGACUCGUACUGCAUGCCCGAGAUCGUGCUCUCCCUGCUACACCGAGACUGUCACCAUGGAGGACUUCCCAACCAUAGUCCCCGACCCAGAUCCAGUCCCUCCAUCUCCUACCGAUGUGUCUUUCCCCGACACUACGGCCAACCCAGGUGGCCCGAUCGACUUGCCUUCUCCUACCAGUGUUCCUCCGGUCGGCCUACCUUCUCCCAUCAGUGUUUCUUGCGCUCCUUACACUAUCACCACAACUGCAGAGGAUCCAUCAUGCACUUUCGACACUUCUACGUGCAUCAGGCCUCUUUGCGUAUACGAGACCACCACGACUGUCCCUAGCUGUGGAGAUGCUGUUACAGAGACCGAGCUCGCUGCAUGUGCAACCGAAUGUCCGAUUGGCUGUGCCACGUUCACGUACACUACUACUGCAGGAGCCGAAUCAACUGCAACCGCAGGCACUUUGGAUAGACUCUGA